AUGGGCAUGGCCGAGAUGGCUCUUCUGCACCAUUACUCUACAUCAACCUGCUAUACGAUUUCACGCAAUCCAAUUCUGCAAACAGUAUGGCAAAUCCGGAUCCCGCAAGUCAGCUUCACUUCGCCAUUCGUAUUCCGCGCCAUCAUCGCUUUUUCCGCGCUGCAUCUGGCGCAUGUGAAGCCCGAAUUUCACGACCAUUACGUCUCCCAAGCCGAGUUUCACCAUAACACCGCCUUGCAGAUGGUGUCCGCCAUUCUCCCAGAUGUCAAUGCAGAGAACUGUCAAAGCAUAUAUGUCUUUUCGAUUCUGACCUGCGUUAUCUCCUGUGCCAAGCCGCGCAUCAGACACGAUUUUUGGGCAAAUAGUGAUCGAGAUAUCGAGUGGUUAAACCUCUUUCGUGGCACAAUACAUAUCCUGGCGUCAGCGGAUCACUCCAUCAAGACGGGACCGCUAGCACCAAUGUUUGCGAUGGGUCGCCGCAGGCAGCUGGCUCGGGACGCGAGGUCUGCCAUGGCUACGCCGCCGUUUCUUCUCGCUUUGAAAAAGCUCUUAGAGGAUACAGUUCAGGAUCCCUGUGAGCUGCGGUGCUAUCACGACUCAAUCGAUGAUAUGGCGAUGUCAUUUGCCACUGUCGAAGAAAUUGGGUCACAUAAUUGCGAGACUGCUGAUGUAUUUAUUUGGUUGUUGAGAGUUUCAGAUCAGUAUCUUGGGUACUUCCAGCAGCGCACGCCUGAAGCGAUGGUGAUUUUUGCAUAUUUCUGUGUUAUUAUGAAAGAGAUGGAAUGGGCUUGGUGGAUGCAGGGGUUCAGUACCUAUACUAUUAGUGGUAUAUAUUACUUUUUGGAUGAGGAGCAUCGCUGCUGGUUACAGUGGCCUAUGCAACAGGUGGGAUGGGUUCCGUGA